CCUUUCCACAGUCAGGACGGCCAAUGAAAUCAUACCAGAGCUCCAACGUAACUGGUAAAAUUGACGUGGAGGGACGCGUCAAAUGAAUCCCAGCAAACUUCAGCCUCCGGUAUAACUCAAAUUUGCCUUUAUCGGAUUAAGAUCACUUCAGUGCCAUUGUACCGAGUAGUUUCUCUCAAAGCACUGUGACAGAAGAGUGGAAAGAACAUCGGGAGGAGACUUUUUAGAAGUCCCAUUUGUUCCUUAACUUUUUGCUUCCUUCGUGCAGAAGGGAGAACCACCGCAUUCAGCCAUUGAGGGGCAACUAUUUCAAAGCAUCUCGAACCACAGGCAAAUGGAGCAAACCUAUGGGGAGGUGAAUCAGUUGGGUGGUGUAUUCGUCAAUGGACGACCGCUGCCCAACGCCAUACGACUACGGAUAGUAGAAUUGGCCCAGCUUGGAAUCAGACCCUGCGAUAUCAGUAGGCAACUUCGUGUCUCUCAUGGCUGUGUGAGCAAGAUACUAGCACGAUACAAUGAAACGGGUUCUAUUUUACCCGGUGCCAUCGGGGGGAGCAAACCACGGGUUACUACACCGAAUGUGGUGAAGAACAUAAGGGAUUACAAACUAGGUGACCCGGGGAUCUUUGCCUGGGAGAUCCGGGACAGGCUUCUCGCAGACGGAGUUUGUGACAAAUACAACGUGCCCUCAGUAAGCUCCAUCAGCAGGAUUUUACGGAACAAGAUUGGAAAUCUUUCCCAGCCGAACCAGUAUGAGAGCAGCAAGCAAGCCCCCACACAGGCCGGCCUCUCUUACAACCACAUAUACCCCUAUUCAUACCCCAACGCUAUGUCACCCAAUGGCAAAAUGGGCAGCGGUCCCGGAGUACCCGUGGCGGCCGGGCAUGUAAGCAUAUCAAGGGCCUGGCCAUCAGCACACACUGUCACCAACAUUCUGGGUAUCAGGGCCUUCAUGGAUCAUCAAGCUAUUGCUGGAGCAGAGGGAUAUCCACCGAAAAUGGAGGACUGGAGUAGUGUCAACAGAGCGACGUUUCCCUCUGCUCAUGCAGUCAACGGAAUUGACAAAUCAGUCAUUGAUGCGGACAUAAAAUAUGCACAGCCUUCAUCAACAUUAUCCAGUUAUGUCCCAGCUUGUUCCUACUCAUCUUCGAACCAGUACGGCGUUUAUAGUGGGCCAGGUAGCUAUGUGACCCCUGGACACCAUUGGCAGUCCCAGAACUCGAGUUUGUCCCUACCAAGCAGCGGCAUGACGAUGCACGCGGGAGACAUACACUCUUCAAUGGCGUUCAAACAUCCAUCGCGAGAAGGAGACAGAAAGCCCACCAGUCCACUAAGCAAGCAGCAGCAGCACGAGGCGUUGAGCAGUGUACACGGACUCAAUCUCCCUACCUCAUCCUCUUAAACCAGGGAGCUCGUGCAGCAAACCGAGGACUCAGAACUUACAAUUGGCCUAUGUAACGAGCUGCAGACCCUGCCUUACCUAAUUGAAUGCAUUUCAAGAAUUCAAACAGUAAGUGGAAGCACUAUUUAUGAUUUGUUUGCCAAAGUGUUAAAUAUUGAAUGUGCCCUUAUAGCCUGACGCAUAUGCAUACAAAUGUAGCCAACCAUAGAUGACCUACAGUCGAUAUGUGGCUUUACGAAUGUAAACUUAUGAGGACUAAUGUCCUCAUGUAGUGGAGGUGGCGGUUGGUGGUUUUGUCAUAUUUUCAUUGAAAUAACCUACUUCAUGUAUAUUUCUGUAAAAUACAGGAUUUAAAUGGAAUAAUGUCUGUCAUUGAUUUUUCAUUUUGCUAUAGUCUAAAUAAAGGGUCGCAUUGACAAUUGAACUGUAUCCUGUAUACACAAAACAUUAUAUUUUCUUGAUUGGUUUCAAAUCUGGUUUCUGCAUACAAACUCAACGAUGUGAACAAAGUGAUGAAUUGUAAAUGUAAAAUAACUGCAAAAGCUUUAAUUAUAUAUUUUUAUAAAUCCAUUGUAAAUAUUCUAAAUAAAGGCAUUAUAAAAAAA